AUGUCUUCAGCCCUAUCCAUCAACACGAUGUUCACCCCAACUCCAACUCAGGCAGAUGACCUGCCACCUUUCCAACCCAUCCGGAUCGCUACCCGCAACGACCCUUCCAGUGUCUGGGGCUUUAAGCACUGGUUGCAUGAGGUUCAGCUCGCCCUUGCAAACCUCAAUCUCUUGGCUGUCAUUAGCCAUGGAAUCCAGCGUCCCACCCCCCAGCACCUCCACUAUGAGAACUGGUUGAAAUGGUCCCGCUUCAUCGGUCAUUGGUUGGUAUGUAAUGUGGCAGAAAGGAACGCCGCUGUUAUUCACUCGGUCUACCCUCGCCUUCAGUUCGCUGACGAAAUGUACCACUGUAUUGGGCACUUACAGUUGACCGAGGAAGAUACUAUCAGACGCGCGGAGUUCAACAAGCUUUGGUCUAUGACACGACACCAAUUCCACACCCUUCACGACUACAUUUCUGCCUGGGGCGCGCACGCUAUGUUCUGCGCCCAAUUCAACCCCAAUCUCAACUGGUACGCAGUUACUAAGAUGGUGCUUGGUGAAGUCAAGGAAGAGAUUCCGGACUUGUACAACUUCAUCGACUACCAGAUCAGGACUGGCGAUACAAGUUGCAAGCAGUUCCAUGGCCAUCUCACUGGCAUCCUUGACGCUCUAAAGAAGCGCACCUAA